AUGAGUUUCACUUUACGGUCAACAUCCAAUUCUUCUAUUGAUAACGAACGUCUGACACGGGCGCGUCAAGCCGCCGCAACGGCAGCAGCAGCAGAAACAACAACAACAACAACAUUGAACCGAUUUUUAUCAUUCAACGAAAAUCAAUCGUCAUCAGCGGAAAAUCGCCGUCGACUAUUACACUCUACACCAAAUUUAAUUGAACUACUCGAAGACGAAGACGACGAUAUUGACGAUAAUCAAGCACUAUGUCACGAAUGUGAUACGUGUUCCAAAGUCUUUGCAAGUGAAUACGGACUUAAUCAUCAUACGAACAUGCAUCAUCCGAAUCAAUCGAUACUUUGUGCACUUUGUAAUAUCACAUUUCGUUCGCAUCGUUCGUUGAAAACACAUAAGCAAAGACGACAUUCAACUAUACGAACAAAACUAACUGCAAAUCAACUGUCAACACCGGAUUAUAGCUAUAUAUCAUCAUAUCUUGUUCUGCCUUUUUCGUCGAAGCAAUUUCCACAAAUGGCUCGACGAGCUUGUGAACAACAACAUCUACCUUUGGGAAGUUUCUCAUCGAAAUUGUAUCAAUGUUAUUUCUGCUCGAUAUCAUUUCCGUGUUCACGUACAUUAAGCUCACAUUUAUUAGACCAACAUGAACAAUACGAAUACAAAACUUGUCAAGAGAUUCUUUCGGAUCUAACGAUUCAAAUCGAAUACGACUUAAGAACAGUACAUGACAAUAACGAUGACGAAUUCGAAACCAUGAAAUUGGAUUUAGCUAAACAAGCACCAUAUUUUGGUCUUAUCAACAAACAACUAGGUAAAAAAUAUCAAGAAAAUAAAGCUAUUCAACAUCAGCGAAUAUACCCACGAUGUCCACAUACAAGUCGAACGUGUGCUAAUUUAUGUUUACAAUAUCUUUCGUCGUAUAGUAAAUUAAUUAAAAACUAUCCUUAUGCCAUACCGAUUGUACCAAAAGGAAAUCCAUUCGCACAAGGUUCUAUCUUAUCGCCUAUGAACUCGACGAGUUAUUCGAAUGGAUCGUUAUCGUUAUCUGGUAACGAUUCAAAUCAAACUAACGAGUUAGGUAACAGUCGACAAAAACGAAAAAAUGGUAAACAAAUGGAUGCAUCACCAUCAUCGCCUCAGUUAAAGAGAAAGUCAAUAGGAAAUUCAAAAAAUAAGGUCACUGUAGGUAAACAACCAGCUGAGAGCGCAACAAAGACAAAUGAAACAAAAUAUGUUGCUGUCGAUCACACAACAAAUUCAGUGACUGGAUCAGCUUCCACAGCUGUAACAAAAAGAAUCUUGCCAAAAAAUGAUUACACUCGUUCUUCGUCAAUAUCAAGUAAUUCAUCGACAUCAACGCGAUCAUCGACAAAUUUAGCUCAACAGAUAAGUAUUUCUUCUCCACGUAUGUCCAAACGUCGUCUGUCACCGCCCGUCGUCAUAUCAUUGAGCAAAUCUUCUCAGAAGCGUCGUCGUUCACGUGAACAGCAACUUGCAUCAUCGAAAUCCGAAACAAAAGUCAUCCGUAUUGACGAUGAUGAUGAUAAUGAAAACGAACUUGAACAGGAAAACGGUGAAGACAACGACAACGAUUCAAACGAUGAUGUUAUACCAAUAACAUUCGAGAAAUCAAGUAAACAACGUUCUGGCAAGCAUCGACAAACUUCUAGUGAAUCAGUUGAAUACGUACAAAUGCUAGAUGACGAUCAACAAUCGACAGCAUCGUUGAACAAUAUUGAAAAUAUCAAAUCGCAAGGCAAAAUAAACGAUGAAGAAAUUAUCAUAUGUCGUUCACCACCAACUGCUCGAAAAAUGAUACCUUCGUCAAAUGCAGCUCAUUCGAAAACAACCGUGAACGGUCAUAGUGCAAAAAAGUCCAAUAGACAACAGUCGUCUCCAAAUGACGAACAUGUUCGAGUUCGUUGUAAAAUUUGUGGUGAUAUUCUCGAAGGUCGAAGUCGUUUUUCGAAACAUGUGAUAGCAAUGCACUCACAUCUCUUGGACAAGAAUAUGUCGAAUCCUCAACAGCAACAAACUGCUAUAAUUGUUUUUUCAUUAUCUCUUGUAUUUGCUCGAUUUUGUUUGUUUUUUUUUCCUCUCGCUUUCUUUCUUUCGGUGUACGUUUGUGUGUCUCUUAAUAAAACAACAGAGAAAAGAAACAUGAGUGACCGAGAUUAUCUACCAUUAUCCGCAACGUUAGUGAAGACAUUGACGGAUAAGUUAUAUGAAAAACGGAAAACAGCGGCAUUGGAAAUUGAAAAAAUGGUACGAGAGUUGAUCGCUACGCAAAAUUUUGAACAAAUCGAACGGAUUUGUAAGAUCUUAAGUGAACAUUUUGUCCUAUCGCAAAAUGGAAACUUUCGUCGGGGAGGUUUAAUUGGCAUUGCAGCAUUGGCGAUUGCUUGUGGAAAGGAAGCACAAAGGUUUCGACAAUACCUUGUACCACCUGUUCUGCAAUGUUUUCUGGACAAUGAUCCAAAAGUGCGAUAUUAUGCAUGUGAAUCCUUAUACAACAUUGCUAAAGUGCUUCGGACAGUGACACUAUCGUAUUUUAAUGAAAUCUUUGAUUGUCUAUCGAAACUCGUUUGUGAUCUUGAACCAACUGUUAAAAGUGGCGCUGAGCUCUGUGAUCGUCUAUUGAAAGAUAUUGUUAUUGAAACAUGUACUCAAUUUGAAGUCAUUGCUUUUAUUCCACUUCUUCGUGAACGUAUUUACGUUCGUAAUGCAUUUACUCGACAAUUCAUUGUUUCUUGGGUUUCACUACUUACAUCUGUACCGGAAUUCGAUAUGGUGCAAUAUCUGCCUGAAAUUAUGGAUGGUCUAUUCCAUAUUUUAGGCGAUCCAAAUCCAGAAAUUCGCAAAUCAUGUGAAAUCUUGUUUAGUGAAUUUUUAACCAUUCUCAAAUCAUCUCAAGUACAACCGGAGAUGUUCGAAGAUAUGACACGAAUUUUGAUUCAAAAUUGUCAAUCAUCGGACGAAUUAAUACAAUAUACUGGUUUACAUUGGUUACGAGAAUUUCUUAAUAUGCCCAAAUGUCAUCAAGUACUUCUACCACAUUCUGCUGGCUUAUUAUCAGCUGUACUUCCAUGUUUUUCAUACGAUGAUGAUGGCCGACAAAACAUUCGAGAGACUGCCAAAGAGAUCAAUUCCAUUCUUCGUCAAUUGAUUAAACACGAGAGUACAAAACCGAAUGACAGCAAUAUUGCACCAAGUGUACCCGAUUUAACAAUCACGAAAAUGGUUGAAGUACUCAAGAAUCAAAUACAAUCGGGCGCUUCGGCAUCGCGUAUCAUCGCAUUAGGGUGGAUACACCAUCUAUUCGAUUGUUUACAAGAUAAAAUGGUUACACAUAUUGACGUUUUAUUUCCAACAUUAUUCCGUGUCUUGAACGAUUCAUCGGAUGAGUCUCCAUCGAUAGUUAAUUUUACCUAUUCACCAUUAUCGAGAAAGAAAUCUAGUAAACAGCAACAUCAAUACACGACUGAAGCUGUUCUACUAGUCCUCCAAGUUUUUGCAUUGAUUUCAACAUCAAAUCGGACGAGUACAGAUAGAAACUAUAAUGAUUAUUUCACGAAGUUUAUUAUCGUAUUGAUGGAUUUAUUUCGUACAGAUCGAGCAUUAUUAGAAGCUCGAGGCUCGUUCAUAAUCAGACAACUAUGCAUGCUUUUAUCGCCGGAAGAUAUCUAUAAAACAUUAUCGGAAACAUUAGCCAAUGAACCUGAUUCGAAUUUUGCUUCGAUCAUGGUGAAAAUUCUUAGUUCGAUAUUGUUAACGUCGACGGAAUUACACGAUCUACGACUUAAAUUAAAAAAUUUAUAUUCAACUGAAAGUGCUGACUUGUUUGUUUGUCUCUAUAAAACAUGGUGUCACAAUCCAAUCGCACUGAUCGCAUUAUGUUUCUUGUCACAAAAUUAUGAUCAUGCAUGUCGACUUGUACAAUUAUUUGCGGAAAUUGAAGUUACUGUGGAUUUCUUGAUUGAAAUUGAUAAACUUGUUCAAUUGCUUGAAUCACCCAUAUUUACAUAUCUUCGUUUAGCGUUAUUAGAUGUCGAGAAUAAUCAAACGUUAAUCCGUGCAUUAUGUGGUUUAUUAAUGCUAUUACCCGGUAAAACUGAUGCGUUUCACAUACUCCGGAGACGUUUAGAAUGUGUACCAAACUUCAUCGAUAAAUUUACCUCAAUCGACAAGCGCAUAUCUAAUUUGAAAUUAGAUACAAACCAUAGGGAAGGGACGAGUGAUUCAAGUAAAACAAUCAAUUUUGAUGAAUUGCAACAGUACUAUUUAUCUGUUCAAAACAAGCAUGUUGAAGCGAAAAAACAAAGAUAUCGCUACGCACCCAAUACUUCAGAUGGUUGA